GCUUCAUUAAAUUGGUCCCUGAGAUGAGAGGCUAAGUAAAUUGUAUAUUCUGUAGAGUUUGGAAGAAUGGGAGGUGAUUUCAUUGAGAUAUAUUAGGGAACUGACAGGUCAACCCAAGAGAUUGUUUCCACAGGGCAGUGAAUCUAGGGACACAGUUUCAGGAUAAGGGACUUUCAGGAUAAGGGACUGAUCAUUUGGAACUUAGGUAACGGGACCUGAAGAAGAGCCAUGCCUCUGUUUGGCAAUGUCUUUAGUCCGAAGAAAACUCCGCCCCGAAAAUCAGCCUCUCUUUCCAGCUUGCACACACUUGAUCGUGUGAGCCGUGAGAUUGAACUGGGCUUGGAUCAUGGUGCUCCUGUGAUGAAUAUUGGAGGACAGAGCCUGAAGUUUGACAAUGGCCAAUGGGUGUCAGAGUCUGUGGGAGACAGUGGCAUACAUAAGGAGGUUCAGCGCCUGCGAAAACGUAACCAGCAGCUGGAGGAGGAGAAUAAUCUUCUCCGACUCAAAAUCGACAUUCUGUUGGACAUGCUGUCUGAAACAACAGCAGAGUCGCACCUGAUGGAGAAAGAGUUGGAGGAGCUGAAGACCCACAACCGCAAGAGGAAGUGAGAGACUGCAAUGAAAUUGACAGAUGCAAUGAAAGAUGUGCAGCAUUGGGAGAUGGAACAGAGGACGAGUAGCUAAACAUUAAGAGAAAAAGGUUGAAAUGUGUGCAGUGUCUCUUUGGAGAUACCGAGACUCUUGCAUUAAAUCUCCAGCUGGGCGUAGGAAGUGGAGUCCAUCACCCACCAGGCAGCAUCUACAUGCUAACCCUGCAGGGAAAAGAAAGAGGCUGGAGACAAUUGACGGUCAUAGUUUCACAGCAUUUUCCUUUUGUAACACCCGUUGAAUGAGUGAUGUGAUGUUGCUUCAGGAACCUUGUACCCCACACACUUGUAGUUCAAACUUUCAAUCAACAUUCAGCCAAACAACCUCUGAAGCCAACAUUGAAAAGAUUCUGAAUGGACUGAUUAACAGGAGCAUAUGCAUUCAACCCCUUUGUGUUUUAAUAUGGAACUGUCUGUGUAGGGUUGUGAUGAACUGCUUAUUUCAGAGUCCUGGUAACCGUGUAGGACGGAUCUUCAUUGCCAUUGGCCAAUAGUUACACCAUAAUUUUUUUUUCCCCAAAAUUGCAGAUGUAAUUAAGUAUGAUUGGGCAGUGAUCCAGUCUUGUAUCUUUCUCUACCUUCCAUCCUCACCCAGGAGAAAGGUUUGUUUCAAUGUUUACCUCUGAACUGAUGUUUAUUCUAAUUUUUCUUGUUCUCAUUAGUUUCCAGCACUUGGCUUUUAAACCCCUCAUCAGUCCAGUGAAACCCUUUCAUUCCAUACUCCAAUGCUGGGAUUUGUGUUUAGGUGACAGAGACCAAAUUCUCUGAGAAUGCUGGAGAAACUCUGCAGGACUGAUAGCAUCUGUGGAGCAAGAUACAGUAGUUAACAUUUUGAGUCUGAUAUCACUCAUUGGAUCCAAAUCCUUAACUCUGUUUUUCUCUCUACAGAUGUUGGCAGACCUGCUGAGUAUUUCCAGCACUUUCUGUUUUCAUUUUAGAUUUUCGGCAUCCACAAUACUUUGCUUUUACUAAAUAGCCUGAAUCUGAAGGAUGCCCUGACACUGUGAAUGGAUUGGGACCUUUGGUCAUAGCAUAAAGUGCUGCAUUGAGAACUGGUAUUCACUUGCUCCUCUGUUCAAGUGAACUGUAAGAAUAUAAGAGAAAGGGCAGGAUGAAGCCAUUUGAUCCCUCGAGCCUGUUCUACUGCUCAGUCAAAUCAAGGUUGAUCGGAUUUUUGGCCAGAGCUUCACUUUCCUGCCUGCUCUUCCCCUUCCCUUGUGCCCUCAUUCCAAAUCCAAAUUUGCACAGAUGCACACUCUUGUUUCCUCCAAUGAGUUUCUGUAAUACUUCAAAACUAUACAGAACAGAAAAUAUGGACCAAGUUAACCUUCAUUUGCUGCCGUGUUAUAGGUCUGUUGGGAGAUGGGAUUUCUUAGUUUCUGAUCCUGAAAGAGUGGUUUCAGGGCUGUAAGUCCACCAGAUAAAGUAUAACUUAAGCUUUGCUUCUCUGUGAUCAUUGCUGUCUCUUUUAGUUUGUAAUUAAAACCAAUCGAUUUCAAA